AUGUAUGUGGAUCAUGAUGGUAUCGUAUAUGUUGCUGAUUCGUACAAUCACCGUAUUGUCAAAUGGAUGCCUGGUGCUUCAAGUGGAGAGCUCGUGGCCAGCUCUCAACAAUUACAAAUAGAAAAAAAUCAAUUGGAGUAUGUUGCAUCGUUUGUUGUUGCCAAAAAUGGAACCAUGUUUGUUUGUGAUCGACCAAAUAGACAAGUACGACGAUGGAUUCCAGAUGCAAAUGAAGGAGAAGCGUUUAUUUUUAAUAUUUCAUGUUCUGGAAUAUUUCUUACAGAGAACGGCUUCUUAUAUGUAGCUGGAGAUGAGAAAGUUAUCAGAUGGCCUGGCAAUGAAGUGGUUGCAGGCGGCAAUGGCGCCGGACCUGGUCUCAAUCAAUUUUCUGGUACAUCUCGUAUAUUUGUCGAUCAAAAUGAAGUAGUUUAUGUGGCUGAUGCCGGAAAUCAUCGUGUAGUACGAUGGCCGCAUGGUGCUAAAGAAGGAAUUCUUGUCGCUAAAGGCGUUGUCGGAGGAUUUUCAUUACAUACGCCCAUCGGUGUAGUAGUUGAUCAGAUGGGUAGUACAUACGUACUGGAAUAUGGUACAUCGCGUAUAACUCGUUGGCUAAAAGAUGAUCCUUAUAAUGGCAUAGUUAUUAUUGUAGACAAGCCAACCACAAAUAAUCCAGUUCCAUUAGCGUCAUACACGUACAGAUACGAAUUAUUGUUUGACGCCGAAGGAAAUUUGUAUGCUGUCGAUCAAUACAAUCAUCGUAUUCAAAAGUAUCAGAUUGACAAAAGUGCUUGUUUGUGAGAUAUCGCUUGCAAAAAAACAAUAACUAGUUAUAUCAACAACAUCUUUUUGCACCUACUUUAUUUUUUAAGCAUUUUCAAUUAACUGAAGGUGACAUCUAUGGUUUUUAAGUGUUGUGCUUAUGAAUAAAAUUAAGUUGCAAAAAUAAAUUUCAUAGCUAUCAUUAGUCAUCAAUCAAUUGAAUUUAGUUUGGAACUAUAGAAAAUUUGAAAUUUAAUUUACAUGAAAAAAGUUGACUGUCUUGCAUUAUCAAUUUGAUUGCGCUCUCAUUUUCGAAAUCGAUGAACAAAGAGCGUUCAUGAAGGCAAAGAAAACGGGAAAGGAUUGAAUAGUAGCUGAUACAUUCGUCAGUUUCCCGUGAGGGUGUGACUGUGGCUAUUGUAUUCGUCUAUACCCAUACCUACACCCUCACUAUCACGUCACCCUUGUUUGUUCUUUUUAUAUCAUUAGUUAUUUUUUCUAAUGGAUAGAGGGUAUGAAUGUGGAUUGUAAAAGCAGAAGGAUCACAUCCCCACCUACUCUACAUAAAAAAUGAGUUAAUUGUGUUUUUCUUGCAAGCUAAAACGUAGAGAAAGGACCCCACCGAUUGAGAGGUGACAUCUGCCCCUCCACAAAGAUGCCAAUUUUAUAUCAUAGUUUUGUAGUUUAGACCCAACCCUAGUCCCAAUCCUGCUCAUUUCUUGAGAAAUCCUGGAAGGAUCUUUCACGAUCCCGAAUAUCAAGGAUCCUAUCAAAUUUUAUUCAGGAUCCCGUUUCAAAUCCUGGUAAUUCCUGUUUCCAGGAUUUUUGAAGGUGAAAAAAGGUCCUGUUCAGGAUUUCUUCAGGUAUCUGCUCAGAUUUUUUCUGAGUUGAGAAUACAGGAUCCUACCAGGAUUUACUCAAUAUCCUAUCAAUGAUCCUCUCAAAAUUAUAAGAGAGAAUUCUACCAAGAUUUUAUCAGGUUUUCGUCAGGAUCUAGAUCAAAUCUUUGUAUCAGCAUCCUGUCAGGACUACCAUUCACACCAGAUGAGAAUCUUAGAAAGAAAAUAACAAGAUUACUCAGAGUACGAGGUCGACUAAUUCUGCAAGCUUUUAAUCAGAAUCUUAUUCAGAACCCUUCAAGAAUAUGCGUUUCCACAUUUUGUAAGACAGUUUCAAUUUUAAUUAGGAUCUUGAUGAGAGAAUAUGAGGACUUAGCGAAGGUCUCUACUAGAGGGUGUGGAGUGUGGGUGUGUAGAUAUGGGUGUGGGUGUGGGCGUGGGUGUGGGUGUGGGUGUGGGUGUGGGUGUGGGUGUGGGUGUGGGUGUGGGUGUGGGUGUGGGGGGGGGUGGGGGGGGGGGGGGGGGGGCGGGGGGGGGGGGGGGGGGG